AUGGCAUCCAAUCCACCAGGUCAAUGUUGUACUGAAGCCAACUUCCACGAAGGUAAACCAAUUGGAACAUUCAAGGAACUCUUUGGAAUUGAUACUUAUACGGUUGGUGAAGAGUCAAAUGACAAAAUUAUUGUCAUUUUAACUGAUGUCUAUGGUAACCAUUUCAACAAUGUGUUGCUUAUUGCUGAUACAAUUGCCAAAAAUGGUUACAAAGUCUUGAUUCCAGAUAUUUUGAAAGGAGAUCCUGUUAAACCAAACGGUGACCUUCAAGCCUGGAAAAAGAAUCAUACUUUGGAAAUCACGGAACCAAUUGUCAAUGGCUUUUUGGAUAAAGUCAAGAGUGAACUUAAACCAAAUUUUCUUGGUGCUAUUGGAUACUGUUUCGGUGCCAAAUACGUGAUUAGAAACUUGACUCAAUCAAGACCAUUGGAUGCUGGUGCAAUUGCCCACCCUUCAUUCGUCACCAUCGACGAAGUGAAAGCCAUUAAAAAGCCACUUAUUAUCUCGGCUGCUGAAACUGAUCCUAUCUUCACUACUGAUUUAAGGAGACAAACUGAAGAUGAAUUGGCUAAAUUGGAUGGCGUUAGAUACGAACUUACUUUGUUUUCAAACACUAGCCAUGGAUUUGCUGUCAAAGGUGAUAUUUCGGAUCCAUUGGUGAAAUAUGCUAAAGAAAAGGCAUUGAAUGAUCAAUUGUACUUUUUCUGGAGUGUUGGGUUGAUUAAUUCAAGACAAGGCAAAGGAGCAUUGUAG